AUGAACACCAUCACAUGUUUGUGUCUCAUUCACAGAGGCAGGGCGAGCAUAAACACGCUGUUCAUGAGGUACACUUAGAAACCGGUAACAAUGGGCAGCGUAGAACAGCCUGAUGUAACGUUAAAUGAAAACCACGGAAAUGUUCAAGAAAACUCAAAGUCUUACAUUAAGGAGAGGAUAAUAUCCAGCGUGGUCCUGAUGUUGUACAUGUGUGCCAACAUCUCAGCCGUCCCCGUCUUCACCCAGUACAUCCACUCUCGCUAUGCGGAUGUCUACAGUAACGACACAAACUCCUCGACAACGUCGCCAAGUAAACAAUCACCGUGCGUUUCCAAUACCAGCGAGGAAACUGACGAGAUACAAGUGCUUGUUCAGCAGUCCACAUCGUUCGAGAUCCUGAAGCUGAGCCUUUGUGUUCAGAUACCCCCGGUCAUCGUCAACAUGGUGGUGGGGUCGUAUUCAGACCACAUCGGCAGGAAGAUGUUGUUUAUUUUACCGCUAGUAGGAAGUGUUUUUAAAUAUGUAGUUUUCAUUCUGGUUGUCAAAUACCAUCUUAAUCUCAACUUCCUCAUCCUCGGGGUUCUCCUAGACGGUUUUUCUGGUUCAUCAAGCACCUUCGUUCUCGCCAACAUGGCGUAUGCAGCCGACGUGACUAAGACCCACGCGACAAGGACGCUCGCUAUUGUGAUUGCCGACAGUUCGGUAUCUGUAGCUAUAGCAUUAGGUCAGCUCAUGACAGGCCUCCUCAUCGAAAAUCUUGGAUUCUUCUACCCACCUAUCAUUAAUACAGGCUUAAUCCUGCUUGCCAUAGCCAUCGUCACAUUUGGCCUUACGGAAACCGUAAAGAAAACUGAGGUCAAGGAACUUUCACCGAUAGUUCAUUUUAAGAAAGUGUUUGGAUUUUACGUAAACAAAAGCCAAGACAAUAAGCGCUGCAUAUUUAUUGCCUGUUUGGUUGUCUAUGCUCUGAUGAGCAUUGGGUAUAAUGGUAAAUAUACAAUUGAGACACUGUACCAGUUAGGUCGACCGUUCUGCUGGAAUCCUGUACAGAUAGGUUACUACGGCGCCUACUCCACAGUAUUCCAGACCCUGAGCGGACUCGUGGCCAUCAAGAUGGGGUCAGCAUGUGUGCGGGUAGAGGUUCUGGCUGUGACGGGGAUCUUCCUACUGAUGGGGUCUCUGAUUCUGGAGGGCCUGGCCACGACAGACGUCAUGCUAUAUUCCGUGCCCUUUGUAGCGUCGAUAGGCGCCGUGUCGGUUCCUGUGACCCGCUCCGUCCUGUCGCGCAUGGUGGCUGCUCACGAACAAGGUGCGAUCUUUUCAAGCAUGGCAACCGUCGAUACCCUGUGUGGAGCUGUGGGGAGUUCGGCCUUCACUUCUUUGUACAGCGCCACCAUAGACACCAUGAGAGGGAUGGCGUUCUUAGUUAUUGCGGCCGUCAUGUUCAUGGCCGCCAUGAUAAAGAUCGUGGUAAUUGUGAAGUCUCCCAGACAACAGGGCUAUGUCCUGCUUCAGUCGCCACCAGAAGAUGAAGACGCCCAAAGCCCUGAAUGUAUUCAGGACGGAAACAUUCCGGGAGAGGAAAACAAGACAACAUGCUCCGACAUUGAUAAAGGCCCUGUGAUUAUUUGACAUUUGUAUCUGCGCUACCACGUCAUUAGCAAUAAACUGGUAUGUGAAAUUCAUCUCCUAAGCUGUGAUGCAGCAUGACGUAAACAAUGUGUCACAACUGGAUACUGGGAAUAUCAGAUCGCGCUGAAGCAAAUUCUUUUCCGUCUGUCUGGCAGACUGUGAGUGCGUUUGGGGAGUGUUUCAUGACGUCAUGAUCAUAUGUAUCCCAAAGCAAGUUUUCUUUUUUGUCAUUGAUCCGACCUAAGCGAUGGUUAUAACGGUAAAUACAUUUCCAACUACAUGUAGAUAAUUCCGUAUAUUGUGAAACUCCUUCAAUCCGGACGGUGCUGGCCCCCGUGAAACGUCCGUAUUAACGAAUCAAUGACAAAUCGGAAUAUACCUUUAAUUCCGUGCAGACAGUAUGUAACUACAUGCAGACGUCCCAAAUAGUUAGCACCAGGUGGAAAAGGGGUCCGGAUUAAUGAGGUUUCACUAUAUAACGAAAUCCGAUAUGGCAUGAUUAUCGGUUAUAACGAGCCCAGUUUCACUUCACCAUGAUGGCAGUUGUUGUUACUGUUCGUCAUGUGAAUCGAACAGUAACCCCAAUUGCCAUCACGGUGAAGUGUAACUGGGCUCGUUAUAACCAAUAAUGUGAAUCGGACCCGUGAGGAUCCGGGGUAGAAUAGGUCUUCAGCAACCCAUGCUUGUCGUAAGAGACGACUAACGGGAUCGGGUGGUAAGGCUC